AUGCCUGGUCUGGUGCGCAAACUCGUCAUCUGCGCGACGGCAGAUGGUCUGCUGUUGCAACCUCUUUCUCAGCGAAACCAACAACCCUCGUCCCCUCCUGUAAAGAUCGACUAUCAAACACAUAAUAUCAGUCCUUCGCUUCAGCAGCACUCGGACGACUCGACCAGCCAAGGACUCGAGGCUCAUGGUCUUCUCGUUGCUCAGAUCCGCGGCAAACCAAUCUACGUCAUCACCAAUGUCGCCCUCAUCCCUCUGGCUUCGCAAACAGAAGCACAGAACGCUAUCCAACACGCAAAAACAACUCUGAAGAGCAACAAGCCCGAGUCUCUAGACACCAGCGACGACGAAGACGACUCGACCUCAACAGUAGAUGACGAACACGACGACAAUGCAUCGGUUGAAAUGCCCGACGAGCCGUUGAACGUGCCCAAGGGUUCUGUAAACAAGGCUACCACUGUCGUCGCAGACGUGAUCAAGAACAAGGGUCAAUACGGUCGUUUUGCCCAGCGAUGGUUCUCCAAGGGCGGUUGGAAGUCUGACGGUAUUCGCAAGCAAGGCAUGAGCGCCAGCGAGGAUGACUUGACCAUGGAGCAGAAGAAACAAGCUGAAGCCUCUUUGCCCGAGGACAAGAAGGACGAGGUUGAUAACGCGCCCGUGAGCACCGAAUCUGAGCGUCCCUCAACGAACGAGGAACAGUCUACCACCGAGCCAACACCAGUCGCACCUGGAGACACCACCCUCGCUACUCUUAUCCCCAGAAUUCUCAAGACGACAAACUUGUACUUUGCUUCACGCAGCUUUUACUUCUCUUACGAUUACGACCUUUCACGCAGCCUUUCACGACAAGAGCCCACCUCUGCCUCGGUGCCUCUUUACAAGCGUUUCGAUCCUUUGUACUUCUGGAACCACAACUUGACCGAGCCGCUUAUGGAAGCCGGCCAGCACAACCUCGUCCUACCCGUUAUCCAAGGCUUCAUUGGCCAACGCGCCUUCACCGUCGACGCACCCGAGAAUGCAGAAAACAAGAUUGUCGAUGCGAAGCAAGAAGCAGCAGAAGUUGUCAAAGUUCAGGAGGAUGCCGAGAAAGAAACUGCAAGCACAACCGAUGACAAAUCGCAAGCAAAGGAGCUACUUUUGACUUUGAUCUCGAGACGCUCUGUCAAGCGUGCAGGACUACGCUACUUGCGUCGUGGCAUUGACGAUGACGGCAAUGUUGCCAACAAUGUCGAGACUGAACAGAUUCUUGCUACACCUUCCUGGAACACCAACGACAAGGUCUUUUCCUUCCUGCAGGUCAGAGGUUCCAUUCCUCUGUUCUUCUCGCAAAGCCCCUACAGCUUCAAGCCAAUCCCCAUCCAAUACGGCUCUGAAGCAACCAAUCAAUCUGCAUUCGAGAAACACUUUUGCAACAUGCUCGAGCGUUAUGGAGAGGUACAGUGCGCAUCCUUGGUCGACAAGCACGGCACAGAAGCAAAGAUUGGAGAAUCGUACGAGAAGCACGCAAAUAGCUUAAACACCUCCGGCGGCGUUUCUGGCAAGCAAGUCGGCUUUUACUGGUUCGACUUCCACACCGUCUGCAAGGGCAUGAAAUUCGAAAACGUCUCCAUCCUCAUGGACACUCUGCGCCCAGCAAUGCAAAAAUUCGGCUGGACCGUCCAGCAAGAUAACAAAUUCAUCAGCACUCAAACCGGCGUGCUAAGAACAAAUUGCAUGGACUGCCUCGACCGUACCAACGUCGUGCAAUCGGGAGCAGCAGGUCAUGCACUUCAAGACCAACUCGCCGAGCUAGGCCUCUCCAUCAACCUCCAAACCGACCCCAAGACGUCAUGGUACAACAACCUCUGGGCCGACAACGGCGACGCCAUAUCCCGCCAAUACGCAGGCACAGCUGCACUCAAAGGAGACUUUACACGCACGCGCAAACGCAACUGGCAAGGCGCACUCACCGACUUCAGUCUGACCCUCAACCGCUACUACAACAACAUCUUCGGCGACUACUUCCUACAAACCUGCAUCGAUUUCUGGCUCGGCAAUGCCGGCGCCUCCGUCUUCGACGAAUUCGAAACCGACAUGAUGAAUCAGGAUUACGCACUCGAUAUGACGAAGAUCCGCCAAUCCGCCAUCGAAACCUGCGUGCGCAUAGUCCUCGAAGACAACGAGGAUAUGGUAUCAGGCUGGACGUUAUCCUGUCCCGCUUCCGCAAACACGUUGCGCGCAUUGCCAUUCGAAGAAUGCAUCGUGUUGCUCACCGACUCCUCGCUCUAUUUCUGCCGCUUUGACUGGGAUACGGAAAAAGUUGGCUCGUUUGAGCGUGUGGAUUUGCUUGACGUCGAGUCUGUCAAUCACGGCGCUUACAUUACUUCUACCCUCGGACCUACGCACAUGGAUAGCAACAAAAACGUGGGGUUUGUGGUGAGGUACUCGAGUUCCACGCCUGCUGUGGUGCGCACGAAUACCAGGAGUCUAGCAAACGAAAAAGAAGCGAGUAAUGCAGAGACCGAUGCGAAGAAAACUCCGCUCAAACCUGCAGAAAGCAGAGUGCUUGCCUUCAAAGCACUGCCGCCACGCAACUCUGCCUCCAAGGGUAAAAAUUCAGAAGGGGAAAUGAGUGAAGCGGAAUGCGUAAAGCAUAUUUGCGAGGAGAUUGAACGGCUCGGCAACAAAGCCGUUGCUAGAAACACUGCAGGAGGGGAAGAGGGCAAGGGAGAGAAGAAGUUGAAGGUCGAGCAGAAGGAUGUCAUUUCUGUGGCUGAGGCGAGGAAGAGUACGGGAUAUCUUGAGAGCUUGGGAUAUUCGUUGAAGAAGUUGGUGUGGUCGUAG